AUGGUGACCAAAAACGAAAAGGACCAUUACAGUGUCAAGUGGCCAUGGCGCGCACAGAUCCCUAAUCUCUCGGAUAACUUUGGUUUCUCGAAUGACGGAUCAUCGAAGUUGCUGGAAGAACCAAUGAAAUAA